UGCGGUGUGGGUUACAUUACACAGUAACAUAUGUUUACACGCUCAGUUCCCCGGUCUCCGUCACGCGUGUCGGACUGCUUUAUAGAAAAAUCGAACUGUCUGUUUCGUAAGUGUACAAAAGAAUAUUUUUCGUAAAAGGUGAGUCACCCCGUAACGUCCAUAUUCCAAUGACCUUGCCCGUGUCAGUCGCGGCUCGCGGAGCGUGCGCUAAGCCCGCUCGUCGCCCCGCGCUCCCGAACCGACACCAGAACACUCCCCACCACAGAGCACCACCACUACCGAACCGACCGUCAAUCUCACAGCAUUAACACAAGAAGAUAACAACAAUAUACAUUCACGCGGACAUUGCAGAACCAUUCGAAUAUCCGCGUUCCCUGCCAUAUGUGAUGUGAUCCUCGCAAACACAGAACCGUAAUGGCUUGUCUCCGCACUGCGCAUGUGCGUGCUAUCCGACCGAUUUAGAAUGGACGCGCUACGGGCAGUGAAAUUGGUAUUGGACCGUCGUUUUCAUCUGGCCGGAGUGUAAAGACGUGGGUGGCGACGCAACAACAGAUAUCGAAGAUUUGGAGGUUGGCAACUGAUGCCAUCACAAAUGCAACAGACCGCUGCACAUACACACAAGUGCUCGAUAAUGAAGCCGCCGAGAUGUCUCGACGCUUCCCGGCUCCCUGCCACCUGCAAUUCUUAAAGCAGAUGCGAUCCGUGAAGUUCUUCUGCCUAGUCUGCUGCACCAGUUUCGCGUUCUCCCUCCUCUGGGUACAACUCGCUACCAGGCAGGACCAGCCUGUAACUGAGACUCUUAUUCAAGAGGCCAUUGAGAAUGUCGGACGAGAUUUCAGAUACAAAGAUGUGUACAGAAAGACGACUGCCCUCCCUAAAGAUUUCAAAUAUAUCUUACUCUGGACAAGUAGUGAUUAUUCUCCAUUUUAUUUCUUCGGCCAUGGACAAAGAGCUUUCCUCGACAGAAAGUGUUCGGUGAUCAAAUGCUACGUCACUACUGAUAGAAAGUUUUUCGGUGGUGACCUUACUAAGUUCGAUGUUAUAGCGUUCAACGGACGGACUAUGAGGUUGUCAGACUUGCCCCGGUCCCGGUCUAGCAAUCAACGUUAUAUGUACGUUAAUUUAGAAUCAGCCGAUAACUUCCCCGUGUGCCAAGAGCAGUUUGACUCAUUCUUUAAUUGGACGUCGACUUAUAGACUAGAUUCCGAUAUACCAAAUCCUUACUUAUUGAUUCGGGAUAGCAAAGGUAAAAUCGUGGGUCCAAAUCGUAAAGUGCAAUGGAAGAAAGACAUGGAAUCAGUGUAUGACGAGUAUGCUGGUAGAAUAAGGAAUAAAACAAAGGCGGCGGCUUGGUUUGUUUCUAACUGUCGUGCCAGGAGCGGUAGGAGGGGUUACGUGAAAGCUCUGGCAAGCGCCUUGAAGACAUAUGGGCUGACAGUGGAUGUGUAUGGGAAAUGCGGGACCCUGAACUGUCCAAAAAAGGGGCCGGGUAAUUGUAAAAGUCUAUUGAAGAAAGAUUACUUUUUUUAUUUGUCUUUGGAGAACUCAUUCAGUGAGGACUACGUGACGGAGAAAGUGCUGACUGCGGUGGAGAAUGAUGUCGUGCCUAUCGUGUACGGGGGAGCUGAUUAUUCAAGAUUCCUUCCACCGGGAUCUUACAUCGACGGCAGAAAGCAACACGUGAUGGAAUUAGCCGCAACGAUCAACCGGCUGAUCAAUUCUCCCAAAGACUACCUCGAAUAUUUUAGAUGGAAGCCCCAUUACACUUACCAUGAGUCAAUAAGCAACGAAAACGUUUGCAACCUAUGUGAAGCUCUCCACGACAAGAAAAAACUACAUAAUACAUCAAUUUACAACGAGUUUAGAAGCUGGUGGCACCCUAAUUACAAGUACCGGUGCUCUAAAAGUGGAUAGUGAUGAAACACCGGCUCGCUCUGAGCAGUGAUUGCUUCCAAAUAAGAGUAUGCCACGAUUUGAGCAAAACAAGAUUUUCAAUCAUGACUUUGCUUACCUCGAGGCAUUAUAUUAAAUUUAGUGUUGAUAUGCAAGUUAAAGUAGAUUAGUACGCCUCGUUAAUGUUAAAUAUAUUUAACUUGUCCUGUUGUUUACUUAAAAUUAGGUACUUAAAGGGUUUUUGUUAUUAUAAUAACGGAGUGCGGGACGACUUUCGGCCAUGGUAGCUCUCGAGCCUAAGAAGAUCUGGCAGCUGCGCAUGAUAUUCUAUAAUUGGUACUUUUGAUUCCCUCACUCUCAUAGCCCGAUGGGACGACAAUCGGUGAGAUCGGAAAAAGUUUAUAUUGUUAUAGGUACUGUAGGAAAAAUAAAUAAUGGUGAAAUGAAAUGGUGGUAGGUAAUACCGCAUUUUGUGAUUGAAGUUACUAAGGCUUGAUAUUAUUGUUAAAAAUGUUUUAUUGGAUGAACAUUUUGAUAAUUUAAGUUGUUUGAAUCUGGAUACAGCUAAGAGCAUUUGUUAUUCAUUUAAUUACAAUAUUUAAAUACUUUAGUUAGAGACUCUGAUUAGAUCUGAACCGUGUUUUUUUUACUUUGUCAACUGGAAAGGACACGUAGGCUUUAUUGUUGGCUCCAAAACUUUUAAGAAUCACCAUUAGUACUGAAAAAAAUUACGUCUUCUUGUAAGUUCAUCUUUUUCUCAUAGUAAAGUUCACACCAAAUUUCAUGGCGGCUCAGAAUAUUGAUUUGGAGCCAUCAAGCUUGGCGAGAACUGUAUUAUUGGUAAAUCUUAUUGUAUUCAUUGAAAAUAUCAACAUUAUCUUCCAAGGCAUUCAAAUAUAAUAGUUUGAUAUUAUUCCUAUUCAUCUAAGUAUUAGAACUACGAUUAAGUUAAUAAGUCAGUGAUUUUAGAAUAAACAGAUUUUAAGAACUUCCAUACUUUCGUAGAUAUUUUUAAGGAUUACUUUUUUUGGGUUUUUUAAACUGAUUUUGUGUGCCAUCAUGUAACACGUUAUAAUCAUUUAAUACAACGAUUUCACUACAUUGAAAAAAAUAUUUUAUUGAUUUGGUACAUUGAUCUUUUAUUUCAAAAUGUUUUAUGAAAUACAUAUGUGAUGUACAGUUUUCAGUAUUUACAAUACUGUUUGUGGUGACGGUGGACACACAUCUAGUAGAGGCGAGCAAAAACAAACCACGGAGUAAAUAUGUACAGUUGUGAAGAUACAUACCAACAUUCGUAAAAAUGUCACUCAUACACGCAUGUGCAUCAACGAGCGUAUCUUCACAAUCUAUAUAUAAAUGAAACCCGCUUUCCGUUGUCACGACAUAACAUGAAAACGGCUUGACCGAUUUGGCUGAAAAUUAGAGGGGAGGUAACUUAGACCCGGGAGAAGGUUUUAGGAUUUUGGUCACCAUCCGGCUACGGGACGCGGGUGAAACCGCGGGCGAAAGCUAGUUGUUUAUAAGAGAGUAUAUUUAAACUGUAGGCGAAGGAAAUUCUCUUUACGAAAUCUUGUUAGCCCACUUCUGCGCGUAGAAAAAGUCAAAUCGUCCGAAGAAAUGUCAGACGAAUUUGGAUGAUGUCAUCAGACUUCUCGCUUUUGUUUUGUGUUCGCUCAAAGCUAGAGUGCUGAUUCCAAGUUUUGUAAGUUAAAACUCUUUAUACGUAAUCAUAAAUUAGCUGGAAUCGGAGAUUUGGAACUAUAAAUCGAAUCAGUGAUUUGGAAUAAUAAAUCUGCUACAAUUGGAGAUCUGGAAUUAUAAUUCGCCUAAAUAAGGAAUCGUAUAUUACAUCACAUGAUUUUAAUGUUA